GACAGAAGCGGUGGGUAAACGGGGGUUUUGGCAAGGCGAGUCGCCUCACAACUUGAUUGAGCCCAGGAAUUGGAACAGGAACAUUAUACUUCUCCAACGCCAAGUAAAUAAUAAGGAAACAACCUCACACCUUUCUGGUUCUGUUACAAUUCCAUCUAAAUAACGAUUAAUAUUUUUUACCAUAUUUUCUUCGGUCGUCACUCAAUUUUCGGUGUUGUCCAUGUUGAACCUUGUCUCAACAGAGUUAAUUGAGUUGGUAAAAGAUCACUUCAUUUAGCUGUCACCCCAGCUGUGGGGCACCAGCCUUAUUGUCACUAACCCCUAAGGAAAUCAAUAAUCAGCCAAUCAGUAAUUACUUGCGAAACUGAAGCAGUUCACAACGCAGUAAUUGUAUUUGUAUCAUGACUUCAAGUGAUGAAUGGGAUGAGAAUUUGGGCAACAUUGAUGACCUGAUCAGCAGCAACUUGAGCACCUUGGAAACAGAAGAUGUCAUAUAUCUAGAAGAGUAUCUGGUCGGAGACCUUGACUCUCAUUCUCCAAGUUUGUGGUCUGCAUUGAAAGAGAACAGUGAAGGGAACACAUCACCUUGUCCUGACACGAGACAGAAAGGCAUUCACACUGACCAGUCAAAUAGUCAUAGAAACGAGGAAAAUUCAGAGAAUAUUGAUGAUCCACCAGUGUCUCAAAAAACAACCAGAAGCAUUGACACUGCUGGCACCUCCCUUGACUCCAGACAGCCCAGAACCAACCGAGGAGUUCCCAAACCCAAGUUUGUUUCCUAUGAGGCAUUUCCCUCACUGACCAAAGAUAAGCCAUUUCAAUGUGAGCUAUGUGGGCAGCGCCUGGCCACUCGAGAGAGUCGAAGAAGACACAUCAUUGCAAAACACAUCAAGGAGAAAAAUAAUGUCUGCAAUGAUUGUGGAAAAAAAUUUGUUUUCAAAUUUUCUCUGAAGGCCCAUGCAGCCAUCCAUUCAGCCACCCCAAACUUCACCUGUGUUUGUGGACAGACAUUCAGUGUCCGUGGCUCGUAUAUGAACCAUGUGCGUCGUGUGCACCAGGCUGUCUCAGAGGUCAAGUAUUCCUGUGAGCUUUGCUUCAAGUCUUUUGUUGAUCAUCACACACUACGUCUUCACUUGAUAUCUGUUCACAAGCCGAAGACCAUUGCCUGCCUUCACAGUGGGUGUAAUAAGGUGUUCUCCACAGAUGCCCUCAUGAAAUCCCAUUACUGGUAUCAUCUCAAGCAUAGGUUCCCGUGUGAUGUGUGUGGCCAAACCUUCUCCACCGAGUCCUACAUGCACAAACACCGGCGCACUCAUUCAGGCAUCAGGCCAUACACAUGUGUUGACUGUGGCAAGACCUACCUGAGUGUGUCGCACCUCAACAAACACCGACGAGUAGCCCACUCCACCUACAGGCCCUUCCAGUGCUCCUUCUGUGGCAAGUGUUACAAAACCAAGGAUCAACUGACCUUCCAUGAGAGCAGCCAUAGAGGUGAAAAACCAUUCCAGUGUGAGGUGUGUGGAUAUGCUACAGCUUAUAGAAACACUUAUUAUGCUCACAGAAAAAAACACCAGACUUCAUCUUCAACAACCACUGCUCACAAGAAAAACAUGAGUGACAUACUGUCAACUACAGAGCAUUUAGUAAGUGGAAAUAAGAACACUAGUGUUGCAAAGAAGGGAGAGAAAAACAAAACUCAAAAAAAGAAGUCAUCCUUAUCCCUAUCAAAAUGUAAAUCCAGUCCUGGAGUUUCAUGUAGCAAGAUAUCAUUGCUGAAGAAGGCAGCAACUCCCAUAUUGCUAGAUACAACUCUGGGGGGUGUUAAAGGCACCAGUUCUAGUAUGAGUGUGUCACCAAGUACAGCCUCAGUAAAUGUUAUUUGUGUUGUGUCCAGCGAACCAAAUGACACUAGUGUCUUGCCUGAAUGUAGUAGAAAUCUUUCCACAAAUUUUCCUCUACCUGUGGAUAGUCAUUGUAAGAACAUGCAAUCAACAAGUGCAAAUUUUAUGUCUAGUGAGCCUCUGAAUUUGGUACUUCCUCCAGAUAGUAACAGUGCAGUGACAUGUCCUGGUCUGCAUCAGACUUCUAAACCAGAUACUUAUGGAUUGGUUACUAAUUGUGAUGUAACAGAGGAAAAUUGUAAGAAGAAUUAUGAAGAACAAACUUCAUGUAUAAUCCUAUCAAAUGCUGCCAAAUGUUCCUUUCCUAUGUGUGAGAGGAGUGAUGAAUCUCUCUUGCUGUUUAAAGUUGAUGAUGAAUCAUAUGUGGCAUUAUGUCCACAUCAUUCCUUGACAGACCUUGCUGAUGAUGCAGUGAAAGAAGCUACUUCCUUGAGAGGAAUGACAUACAUAAACAUAAGUGCACAAGUCCUUGACAAUUUCAGUCAACAGAGUGAAACAACAGAGCAAGAAACUAGUGACUCUGUGAACCUCAAAGUAGUGACUACAGAGACAAAUAUUUCUGAAAGCAUAGCUCACUCUCAAAGUUCACCAGAAUUGUGUGGAAAACACACCCCUAAUGAUAGCUCAUUGGUACAGUUUGUGUCACAAUCAGCUUCCACAAGACCAGAGGUUUGUAUCACCAGCAUGCCAGUUUCUCAGCAAAUGGACUGUGUAAAGCCUAACACAGAGGUGUGUCUCAAUGAACACCUGUCAACAAUGAUGGAACUAGACCCAGGAAUUGCUAGCCCCUCUGGCCCCAUUGUAGAUGAGUCCUUCAGCCUUGCUGAAAUGGAAGUUCACUGUCUCUUGUGUGAGGAACAGUUCCUUUGUAUGGAUGAUUAUGUCACUCAUCUAGAGUCUUGUAACAGUUAAAUACUUCGUUUAGUUAUUCAAAUGAAAUACAGAAUUGUAAUUUAACUUAUUUUUAUAAUAGUAUAAUUUAUUUUUAUAUGAGCUUUGAUAUCAGUGUGUUACAGUUAGUUAUGUGUUGUAGUGAGUUUGCAUGUUAAAAUCCUACAGAUUUUGAUAUAUAUUUAUUACAAUAAAUAUCCACAACAAAAAUA